AUGUCGACUGAUCAGCGGAUCCACCUUGGCGAACCCCCGGCUACAGGGUCGCGCCCGGUCGAGACCCCAGGGGAUCAUCCCCCGCGGGAGGAGCUCCGAGAAGAGCGCCCCGCUACGACUUCGGAGCGAUACUGGCGGUUGUUCAAUGACCCGGGCUUGUCGCCGCCCGACAUUCCCAUCGGCCCGCCCUCCGUUUUGCCCGAGGCCUUCCAUGAUCUCGCCCACCAAGUACGGGCACUAGCGGGCGUGGUGCAGACUAUCGUCCCGCUUAUCCCCCGGCCGACGCCCCCGCGAGCAGACCGGCCUUUGCAACAACGAGAGCUCGCCCCUCGGACACACGCACCGCUCCCCGGGGUUCCUCCGUCGCCUCGAAACCAGACGGCCCAGCUCGGAGACCGGGAGGCCGUAGACGCGUCGAGUCGCCCCGAGCCUGAGCGGCCGUCCGCGAACUCGACCAACGUCCUCCAAACCCAGCUGCAUCUCUUCAAUCAACGUCUUAACGAGGUGCAACAAGAAAUUUGCAGGUCAAAAGGGGAGCCCGGAGCGGACGGAUACCAAGGGUCUCCGUUCGCCCCCGAAGUACAAGAUCAGGCCAUCCCGCCACACUUUCGACUCCCAUCCCUAGACGCCUAUGACGGCGCCACCGACCCCGCGGAUCACGUAGCCGCGUUCCGUGCCCAAAUGGCGCUAUAUGGAACCUCCGAUGCCUUGAUGUGCAGGGCAUUCCCAAUGACUUUGAGGGGACCGGCCCGCGCGUGGUACGACAACCUCAAGGCUGGAACCAUCUCUUCCUUCGACCAGCUCGCUCGGGACUUCGAACUCAACUUCCUCGCCUACGCCCGCCCGAAGCCGUCCGUGGCGUUACUCCUCGGACUCAACCAAAAGGAGGAUGAGUCCCUCUCCCACUUCUUGAACCGUUUUACAACGCAGAUCCGAGGGCUCUCGGACGCUCAUCCUUCUCUAUUGAUGCAGGCAUUCAUGAUAGGCUUGCGCCCCUCCAGGUUCUUCUGGUCCCUAGUAGAGCAACCCCCCACGACUGUACCCGAGAUGCUCCAACGGGCGAGCCAGUUCGUCGCCGCAGAAGCAUGGAUGGCCGGGAGACCCGGGGGACACAGAGGGACCAAGCCAGAGCCGCCCCGACAGCAACAACCCGCAACAUCUCGGCGUAGGGUGGAUCGACCCGACCCGCCGAUUCCAAGGCCCCCUCUCCCAGCCUUGAAUUCGUCCCGAACGGAUAUAUUCCUUCAUAUAAGAGAGAAGGGACUGCUCAAAGAACCUUACCCGAUGAGAAAUCCCCGGGCGUUGGCGGACCAAUCAAAGUACUGUCGCUUCCACCGGCAACGUGGGCACGACACUGAACAAUGUUGGGAAUUGAAGAGACAGAUCGAGGAACUCAUCCGUAGGGGGCACCUCGACCAGUACCUCCGCCCAGACAAGGAACCUUCGCCACGCCCGGAAGGUCCCAUCGAGCGACACAUCGACGUAAUAACGGGCGGCCCCGCGUCCGAUGGGGAUUCCAUGGCCAGAAAGAAGGCGUACUCUCGAGCCGCCUCAACCGAAGCUCCCAGAUACGCGCCCGGACCCAGCGUCACCUUCCCGGCCAGGACAUAUGAACAGGCCGAGCACGACGAUGCGCUCGUGAUAUCAGCCAGAGUCGCCAAUGCGUAG